GGUAAUGACAACAUGAAGCCAUUAUCGUUCAUCAGUGUCCAAACAUUAUAUUACUUAGCAUUAAAUUUGAAAUGAUCUAAGCAAGUGUAAGACGCAACUGUCCAUCAGACUGACCGCCAUUCGUGGCGCUACGUUUCCGUGUUCGGGCCAGUGUCUGACUGUCUCGACCGACCGACUGACGGACUGACAGACUGACGCUCCGUCCGAGAAACUCACGGUGGCAAAUAGAAUCGUGGACAGCACUGCGGCAACCCCACUGACAGCGCCCCAUUGAGUUCUGACCGCGAUUUGGCAAAUAAAUAGAUUGCUUUCACUUUGUAGUUGCCGCAAAAUUGCAUUCACUUUGAUUUCGUUUGUGGUCUGCGGUCACUUGCAGUCCAUUUAGCAGCCAGUUGAAGAUUUCAUGAUAUCUGUGGCAAGUGUUGCGUAUUGCGUGUGCCUCGCAGGCACUCUUGGCCUUCAACUUUAGCUUCAGGCAAUGUCAAGUCUGUGCCGUAUUGCUGGCAUUUCUAUUUUCGACACAGUUUUCCAAUUAACAAAAGCAUUUCGGGCUAAAAAAUUUCAGACACAGCCUGUCGAAAUGCCUGACAAGUGACACAUUAAAUUAAGGCCAGGUCCGGGGCAGGGCACGGUUCGUACUACACAUUCGUACGUGGCACGUGUUUCGCAUUGCGCAUACGCUGCGUGCGUCAGGCGGGCGAUCUAACUGCGGCAAAGACAAUAAACAAUACAGGAAUAGCACAAACUGCAGCGCAAUUGCACUUUGUAUUGUGGAUCAGGAUCAUCAAAAUAAACAGCAGACAAAGUGAUGAAAGCGCUUGAUUAAUGGCUAAGCAGCCGUAAGCUGCCAGCUAAAAGAAAAGCCAGCAAAUCAGCAUGAAAAAUUAUAGGUGCCAGCACAAGAAAAUGAAAAAGAAAAGAAAAAUAAUUAUAAUGCUCUGAAAAGUUGCCUUUGUUUACUUCCGCGAAACACAAAGCAAUGACGUCACACGAACGCCGCCAGCACCAGCGCCCGCAAGUUGCAAGCGCUAAGCGCUACGUUAAAAUCAAAACGCGCAUACGCCAUGUUGUCCCGCCGAGCAGCGGGCCGUCGGCGAAGACCAAAACAAACGCAGCGUGUUGCUGCCAGCGGCCCAAAAACAAACGGCCGUGUUAACAGCUGAGUGCGGCGAAAGCUUUUGCUUUUUGCCAAAAAAACUAAAACCAAAAGCAACAACCAAAAAAAAAAAAGGAAAAAAACGAAAUAAAAAGCUCCGCUAGCCGGCUACAGAUCUGCGAUCUCGCUCGGUUCGCUGAGGCUUUGUCCAGUCCCCACUCGACGGUGCGCCGCUGUAGACGUGCGUUAUAUGCAAAAAGCAAUCAGAACAAAAUCGAAAAUUUUUAAUUAUGCAAUUUGCAUGUGUGUCUGAGUGUGUGUGCGAGCAGUGCAGUGAAGUGUAACAAAUACUAAUAAAAACAAUCGUUGGCAAACACAAUUGAGUGCUCCGCGGGCAAUCGACGAAAAUAAUUCAAUAUAAAUACUAUAUAUUGGAAAAACAGAAAGGAAAAAAAGACUACGCAAAAAAGAAGGGUGAAAACAAAAAGAAUAACACUUGAACUGUAGGUGCGAAAAAUGUUGCGUUUGGCAAUGUGUGUGAACAACCUGGGCCAAGGAGCCGUCAAUGCCCAGAGGCAGCUAAACAAUUAUGAAAUUAAUAGUCUCUUAAUUGGCGCCGAUUAUUAUUGAAAACAAAUAUUGAACAGCAUUGAACAGCAUUGAACCUAGCAGCAGAAGUACGAAAAGUGCGCGAGUGCGAGAAAAGACAAACAAAAAUCGUGCGAAAAGUCGAGCGAAAGUGUUGACAAGCUGUUGGCCAACUUGUUGUGGCCAUUUCUCUUUUUUUUUUGGCCAAGUGGACCUUGUGCUUAAGCAAAACUUUAACGGUUCGGUGAACGUCAACGUUCGGCCAUGAAGCACGAGAAGAGUUCAGCCAUGGCCGCCAAUGGUACGCCUCCGCUGAGGCGGGACAAGCAGCGUCAGCAGCUGUUGGAAUCUGGCGGAGUCCCACGGAGUCCCAUUACCAAGGCCUUUGACUUUCUGCCCUGGUCACGCAGUCGCAGCAAGGCGCCGGCGUGCAGCAAGCCGGAACCGGAGCCGGGCGUUGCAGCUGCGAGUGAAAAACCCGCCGAGGUGCACUAUCAUCGCAAUAUCUUCCGCAGCGGCGGCGGUCUCAUACGCGACAUGCUCGUCGGCGACAAGGACAAGCUGCAGAAGGAUAAGCCACCGCAAUCGCCGCUGUCGGUGGCCAAGAAGGAGCAACGCAAACAGAAACAGCUUUCCCGUAACAAGAGCCUAGAUAUACGCGAGCUGAUUGGCUGCGUGGAAAGCGGACUGGCGCCGCGAACGAAUGCCCUGCCGUCGCAGCCGCAGCCACAGCGCUUCCUCGACGACACCUACAUUGACACAAAGCCGCGGCACAUACUAUUCAACGAUGACGAGAACACCGUGUAUCUCAUUAAAAAGGAGCAGCCGGUGGCAAAGGCACACAAGACGGCGUCCACACACGCCGCCGCCAGCCAUUGCAAUGGCGGGGAUGUGCUGAAGGCGCGGCUCAAGUUCAAGCGUUUGCCCAGUGAGCAUUAUGCGGCCUCGCCGGAGGCACUGCGUCGCGCACAGCUGCUCUAUCAGCGCUCCGAGCAGCGACACGUGCUGCAGCGCCGCAAAAGCCUCAGCGAUACGCAUAACGACAAGCAGAGCAGCUCCAGCCUGAGCAGCGGCGGCAGCGGUGGCCUGACUGCGGCGGCUGGCAGUGCGAGCGGCAUCAUGCUGGAGCGACCCAAGACGGAUAAGCCGCGCAAGAAACUCUCCUUUCGCGAGCCCAUCGAGGCGGGUCUGUCGCCUGUGAUGGUUGCCAUGUCGGCGGCCAUGUUGAGUGAACAGCGGCAGGAGCGGCAGCGGCGACGCAGCUCCCCGCUGGAGCGCACCACUCAGAUGGGGCAUGGUUUGGACUGUGAUGGUUUAUGCAAUAAUCGCAUAAAGGAUGCAAUUUCCUGCGGCCAUGCCGCAAGCGAUCCGGAGAGUCAGGCCAUGCGCAUUGUGCGCACCGUCGGACAAGCCUUUGAAGUGUGCCACAAAUUUAAUCUUCAUAAGAAUUCCCUGGAGCCCAAUGACGAACGCUCCGAUGUCUCAUCGUCGGAGCUGCUGGAUGUGGAGCAAAUCAGCGAGCAGCAGCUCAGCGAGGAUGGCGGCGUCCUCACCAGCGAGACGCCAAAGAAAGAGCACUUGGCCAAUACGCCCGAUUUGAACCACACGCAGCCGCAGCGACCGAACCACUUGGAGCUGCUGCCAACGCAGUCGAGCCUACGCAAAUCGACCAGCCUGCUGUGCGAUGUGGAUGACAAAUCGCCAGUCUCGCCCUCGUCACCGCGCACUGAGAUAACCCAGUUGAAGGAUCAGCUAGAGGCGCAAGCGCAGCAGACGCGUCAGGCACUUGGACAAUUGAUGCUGGUACGCGAGCAGCUCAUCUCAGAGACAAAUGCGCGCAUUGAGGCGCAGGCGCGCACGCAGCAGCUGCUGCAGCAAAAUCGGGAGCUGCUCGAGCAUUUGGCAUCGCUGGGCGCCUACAACGAGCAGCAGAGCGCGGGUCUGACCUCAGCGAACAUUGGCAUGGCACCACAGCUCUCGUCGACGGCCAAAGUGGCUCGCUGGUUUCAACAGCUGCCCUGGCAUACCGCCUCGCUGUCCCGCCCAGAAAGCGGCUUCGUUUCCGGCGACUCGCGCUCUGAGAAGUAUCAGGAGGAUCAUUUCUAUGGCGGCAUGGUAAAGGAAACGGAUGAUUUAUGCGAUGAAUUUCUGCUCGUCGAGGGCAGCAGCACCAUUUGGACUAAGUUAAGCGCCAAAAAACGUCGUAAAUUGCUUGGCAUGCGUUUGGGCAAAGUGACAACAUUUUAACUCAACCCCCCCUCUAGCUCCAACCCCUGCCAGCCGUAAUGUGUGCGUUUAUUAGCUGCUAACUGCGUUUUUUUUAGCAUAGCCCUAGGCAAUGGGGCUUUUAUCGAGCCAAGUAGCUAGUUACUUAUAUUCUUAGGCUAGUAAAUAUGAAAAUCAAUAGACUAAAUGACCAAAUUAACCCAAAACGAACGACAUGCUCAUUAAAAUGCCAUGAACACACACUCACACACGCGCGCACACAUGCAAAAAGACGAGAUAAAAGCAAGAAUAAAGUAAUAAAUAAGCGUAGACAUAAGUCAAUUAGCGAGCAUAAGGCUUAAGCUCAAUGUGUAUUUAAGUAUUAAUAAACUAAGUAAAAGUAUUUCGCAUGUAAUACACACACACAGGCACACACAGGCGCACACACAUGCAAUGUCCUGCACAAACAAGCAGGUAGGCAGUCAGGCAGUCAGGCAAUUCAUUAGGUGGACAAAGCGAGCGCAUUUAUCAUACGCCCUCUUGACUCGAAGGAAACAAAAACGAAACGAAGCAUAAUAAAAGCACCGCAAUUGCUGCUUAACUUGGCCAACUUUUCAUGUUUGAGAAAAACUGGUUAUUAAGCUAAGCAAACACAACAUGCAAAAAGCGCAAAAGGAAGCAAUGUGGAAAAUUGUAUAUGGGCAAAAUAACGUACAGAGCGUAGCUAUUGCCUUGCGGAUUUGGCUGCUGGAAAUGUAUGGCUAAGUAAAUAAGCCAAGUUAACACAAGGGCAACACAACAGAACACAACGCACGCACACACAUACACAGUCUGUGGCUUACACAAGUAGUAGCAGCUCAAAUGUUUGCUAUUCAUACAUUUUUCAGCAUCAAGCAUUUUUAUGCAUAAAUCGAUUUUACUUUUAUGCGGCCGCCGUUUUGUGUGCGAGCAUUUUGGGCAGCUCUAUAAAAUUAUGUGGGCGGGCUACGUGGCGUGUACGUGAUUACCGCAGCCUGAGUGGAUUUAAGCGGACAACUGGAAAAACAGGUAGAUUAAAUAGUUUAAACAGAUUGAAGAUUGAGUGCAAAGUAAGUCGAAUUAAAUUGCACUCAAGCUUUGAUAGUUUUGAAGCUUAAAUUAAAUAAGUUGGCAUUAAUUCAUAAAUAUUAAAGCUGAUCCAGCAGAGAAUUCAUGUAUACAGAGUUCUCUGUGGACUGCGCCCAAAUUAUUUAUAUUAAGAUACGAUAUCCCUAACGAUUUUAAGGCAUUUCCGCAAAAUUUAAACUAAUUUUGAAAAUGAAAACGAGAUUUAAUAAAAAUUAUGUACGUAAUGUUUUAGUUAAUUUAUGCAACAAUUUUUGAGACUGAAACUGAAAUUUGUACUAAGCAUAAAUAGAAAACAUGCACGCACAUUAACACACUCACACACACACACACACACACAUUGAUUAAACGUUUCUUACGCGAACAUUCUAAGAGCAUUUUACAGAACCAUAUAAUAUUAGAUUAAUUCCAUUUUAUGAUUUUAAGCUAUGCAGC